CGGGCGGGUAGGGUGGUGCCCGCGGCGACUCCAAGUCCCAUGGUUCCCCGCUGAAGCGGGCUGAGGGAGCCGGGGCGCCCCCAUCCACGCGACCCCCUUUGUGUGCCGCGGCGGGGGCGCCUCCCCCUCCUCUUCGAUCCUUCCUCCUCCUCUUUUUUCCUCUUCCUCCGCCUCUUCCUCCUUCUUCUCUGCCAGCGUGCCAGCAGCUCCAGGGCCCGCGGAGGCGGCUCGGCUCCCCCCGCCCGGCCCGCCCGGUGCCCGCGGCGCCCAUGCGGCUGCAGCCCCGCCAGCCCCUCGCCCCGGUGCCAGGAGGAUGCUGGCCGCCUCUCCCCGAGCCAGCAAGGCAGCCGAGAGCCGCUACCCGCUGCACGCGCUGGUCUGGCACGAUCGCCCCGCCGAGCUGGAGAGGAUGCUCAGCGGCGGACAGCAGGUGGAUGUGGAACAGGUGGACCCCCGAGGCCGAACUCCCUUGCACCUGGCCACCACCCUGGGCCACCUGGAAUGUGCGCGAGUUCUCUUGCGGCACGGCGCAGACGUGGCCAAAGAAAAUCGGUCCGGCUGGACAGUGUUGCAGGAGGCCGUCAGCACUCAGGACCUGGAGUUAGUUCAACUGGUGCUGCGUUAUCGGGACUACCAGCGAGCCAUCAAGCGUUUGGCCGGGAUCCCCGUCCUGCUAGAAAAAUUACGGAAGGCUCAAGAUUUCUACGUGGAGAUGAAGUGGGAAUUCACGAGUUGGGUUCCCUUGGUCUCCAAGAUUUGCCCCAGCGACACAUACAAGGUGUGGAAGUGUGGGCAGAACCUGCGAGUGGACACCACGUUGCUGGGCUUCGACCACAUGACGUGGCAGCGUGGAAAUCACAGCUUCAUCUUCCGGGGCCAAGAUACGAGUGCGGUGUUCAUGGAGGUGGAUCACAACCGGCAGGUGGUAUACUCCGAAACGCUGGCGCUGGCUACCCACGACCAGGAGACCAUCCUCGCGGCCAUGCAGCCCACCGAGGAGCAGGUGAUGGGGCGCCUGAUGGCCCCCGUGGUCGCCACGCAUCUGGACAUGCGCAAUAUUGCCUUCGAGAGGAACAAGACGGGUAUUUUAGGCUGGAGGAGCGAAAAGACCGAGGUGGUGAACGGGUACGAAGCCAAGGUUUAUGGGGCUUCCAAUGUAGAACUCAUCACCCGGACACGGACCGGACACCUUUCCGAGCAGCACAAAGGAAAAACUAAAGGUGGCAAAACCCCACUGCAGUCCUUCCUGGGCAUCGCCGAACAACACGUGGGUCCCAACAAUGGGGCUCUCAUCACGCAGACGCUGAGUCACGCCAACCCCACUGCCAUCACGCCCGAGGAAUACUUCAACCCCAAUUUUGAGCUGGGGACCCGGGAUAUGGGGCGACCCAUCGAACUCACCACCAAGACGCAAAAGUUCAAAGCCAAAUUAUGGUUGUGCGAAGACCACCCCUUGUCCCUGGCCGAGCAGGUGGCCCCCAUCAUUGACCUCAUGGCGGUCAGCAACGCCCUCUUUGCCAAACUCCGGGAUUUCAUCACACUGCGCCUGCCGCCCGGCUUCCCCGUCAAGAUUGAAAUCCCCAUCUUCCACAUCCUCAAUGCCCGCAUCACCUUUGGCAAUCUGAAUGGCUGUGACGAGCCGGUGGUCUCCCUCCGCAGCACGGGCAGCCCCAGCAGCGAUGCCCCCUCGCCCGGGAGUGACCGGUCCAGCAUCAGCAGCUCGAGCUCCCUCGGCUCCUGCCGCUGCUUUGAGAUGGACCCCUCCCUCUUCGAGGCCCCCCAGGGCUACAGCAUCGUCGGGAGGCACCCGGAGCCGUUGAGGGAAGACGAAGACGAUCUUCUGCAGUUCGCCAUCCAGCAGAGCUUGCUCGAGGCGGGCAGCGAAUACGAUCAGGUAACUAUUUGGGAAGCUUUGACCAACAGCAAACCAGGUACCCUGCCAGUGUCCCAGGAAGGCCGCAGAGUCAACAGGACACCCCAGCACACGCCACCCCCGCGGCCUGCCACCCCUCAGCCGCUGCUCCCCGCAGCAGGCCGUGGCCCCGGCCACGGGCUGCCCACGUACGCCGAGCAGCUGCGCCUGGCCAUGGCACUGUCCGCCAAAGAGCAGGAAGAGGCCGAACGGCGCUCGCGCCUGGAGCAGGAAGAACUGGAACGGAUCCUGCGCCUCUCCCUCACCGAACAAUAGGGUCCCCCCCACACCCCGAGGGUCUCGGCGGGGGGUACGCACACACAGCCCCGGCCAGUCCCCGGGGCCCACCAACCAGUGCUUAACAGACUGUGCCUUCCCCUGUUCUGGCUCAACUCUUGCACAAAAAGUGGGGCGGGAUGUGGGAGGCACAGCCGGGGGGGCUGGCAGGGGUCCGGACACGUUUCCCCUCUCACAAUUGAGCCAUUUAAUUUGACCCUCCUUGGACGGUGGGAGGGUUUAAAUCAGUCCGAGGUUGGCCACUGUCCCGCUCUCUUUCCUGUCGCUCAUUGCGGUAAAUAGGGGAAGGGGCUUCCUUCCCUGCCCCCUUUUUUCUGGGCCGGGGGGCUGCAAGACUCUGGGUUCCGUCCAUUGGGCAGGUAGGGGUGCAUCUCAACCCAUCAGGGUGCAAAAUCCCAGAGCACCACCAGAGGGCGCAAGCAUUCUCCGUCGGGCUGCCCUCUAGAGGCCAGCUUGACUUUUGCAAAUCCCAAUUCUUAACCUGGGUCCAAUUGGAGAACGGAGCCGAUUUGGGGUUGGGGGGGAGCAAAUUUGGAGCCUUAACACCCAAUUGUUGGAAUGGAAGACAUGCUGGGUUUCUGGGUUGAGUAGCAGGUUGGACUAGAAGACCUCGAAGGGCCCUUUCGGUCCUAAUUACAGGUAGUUCUCAACUUACAACCAUUUGUUUUGUGACCGUUUGACGUUGCAACAGCAUUGAAGGAUGUGGACUUAUGACCAUUCUCCUCCCCCUCUCCCCACUUUUUCCCCACUUUUGGCAAAAACGACAUAAAGUGAGGUCACGUCACUGUGGGAAGCAGGAAAGAACCGUUAUUGUGUCCGAUUGCCAAUAUGCGGUCAUAUGAUCAUUUCCGGGGUGGGGAUGGGGCAGCCUUUGGAACUUCAGAACUGGGGUUCCAUCCUCCCCCCCCCCCGGGGAGGUCCAUCCUAACCGGUCAUAAACCAAGGAGCAGGUAGUCCUCGACUUACGACCACAAUGGAGGCCAACAUAUCCGUGGCUAAGCCAAGACAGUUGUGAAGCGAGUUCUGCCCCAUUUUACGAUCUUUCUUCCCACCGUUGUUAAGUGAAUCGCUGUAGUUAUUAAGUCAGUAACCCGGUUGUUAUGUGAAUCUGGCUUCCCCACUGCUUGUCAGAAGGUUGCAAAAUGGGAUCUCGUGACUCCGGGAACGUCCAAAUUUUGCUCACACGAUCGGGGACAGAGGCUGCAACGGUCGUAAGUGUGAGAAACAGUCAUAAGUGACUCUUUCCAGCGCCCCAUUGUAAACUUUGGCCGUUCAGACAAACUGUUGUAACUUGAGGACUACCUGUAUUGAAUUCAGGAAAUGCAAAAAAAAAAAAGAAAGGAGAAAAAACAGCUUACGGGAAUGAAUCCUGGUUUAAUUUAGCACAGAAUCGGAAACCUUGUUAAUUCACGGAUGAGCACAUUAAAAAAGAAGUGGGCGGGGCUUGGUGCCAACUUGGCCGCCAUCUUGACUUUUUCGACCUCACCACUACUUCAGACCUUCCCGGAAGCCAAUCAGAACUUCUAUCUUUUGUCGAGCACAAAAUAGGGAGCGAAAAAAAAUCACCCCGAGAUGUUUGGGGGAUCCCCACGGCAGCGUCUCUCCCCCCCCACUUCCCACAUACCCCAGUUUCUGCACCAGUAGUACCAAGUGCACUUAACCCCGCCCCCUGCCUGCCAAUCAGGUCUACACCCACCUUCUGGGAGAUUCCAGGUUCGUUCCGAGGCUGUGCCCCCCCCAACUGAACCCCCCUCCCCCAAUGGGUGCAGGGCCGUUUAUGGGGUACCCAGGCUGGUAUUGGGGAGGGAGGACUUGGGUGCAAGAGGAGGCAGUGCCAACGGGGGGGGGCAGGCCAUGUGGGGGGGGAAAUAUGGGGAGACAUGGGGUGGGGUCCCAACCCUGCCCCUCCUUUUCUCCACCGCCUCCUCCAAAGCCCCUUUCUGUGAUCCUAAUGGGGGCCUGGGUGGGUGGGUGGGCUGCUAAGGAUUGGCACUUUUCCAAUUUGGCCCCCCCUUCCCCAUUUCCAAGGAAGAAGACCCCCCCCAAUGCCGGUGCCCCCUUGCAAGGUCGUUCCAAUCCUGUCGUUCCAUGGUGCUAACCUCUGGGGUGGGUGGAGACCCCUCGGCCAGGGUAGGAGUGAGGACGGUGGGGGAAACGAAUAGCCUACAGCCCCCUCCUCUUCUAUUACUCCCCCAGGGAAGCCAGAGGGGGCCUUGUGUUUUUUUUUGGGGGGGGGCAAAGGAGCUAAGAUCAAACUACAGCAAUUACAAGGAGGGUAGGGGGCUUCUGGGCAUCCCACACGUUCGGGGAAGGCGAUGGAGACGUACCACCUGGGGGGGGCCAGGUGUGUUUUACCUGCACAGAAACACCAAUAAAAUACCUUAAGAACCCUC